AUGCAGCGGAUUAAGGAGAACCGAGAGUGGACCCAGAGUACAGACAUCCUCCACCAGCGACCGGGUUUUGUCCUCAAGACCAACCGACUACAACUUCUCCAUGCCGGGCUGCUCAUCCCUCAAGCCCUUCACCGGCACCUCCCACCCCGCCCUAGCCCACCAUGUCUCCCGUCGACUCGGCAUCCCCAUCUCACCCGCAUCCCCAUCGACAGACGUCCCUCAGGAGAGAUCUCAGUCUCAAUCAAGGAAAGCGUCAGGCAGGCCGAUGUCUAUAUCAUCGGAACCGCUAGCUCGAUCACUUGUACCACCAACUUGGCCCUCAUGGAACUCUUGAUCAUGAUUCACUCCUGUUCGAUCGCCUCCGCUGGACGAAUAACCGCUGUGAUCCCUCACUUCCCAUAUGCACGUCAAGACAAGAAGGAUAAAUCGAGAGCCCCAAUCACCGCCAAGUUGGUUGCGAAUAUGAUCCGUGAAGCAGGCGCUCAUCAUGUCAUUACGAUGGACUUACGCGCAUCUCAAAUCCAAGGGUUCUUUGAUUGUCCGGUCGACAACUUAUACGCCGAGCCAACACUAGUCCAAUAUAUCCGAGAGAACGUGGAUGUGAAGAAUGCAGUGAUCGUUUCGCCGGAUGCAGGAGGAGCGAAGCGCCCCGCUUCCUCAGUGCCUCCUCGAUCACCGCCCGCCUCGAUUUUGAUUUCGCCCUCUUUCCAUAAGGAGCGUAAGAAAGCUAACGAGGUCUCGCGGAUCAUGAUCCUUGCGGGUAGUGUGAAGGGCCAGACGGCGAUCCUAGGUGAUGACAUGUCCGCCGGCGCCGUCAAUGUCAUUGCCCUCAUCACUCACGACAUCCCCUCUGGCCAGGCGAUCUCGAACAUCGAUAACUCGAGCUCGUGA